CGGAUCGUCCGUUGUUUUAGUCAACAGCGGCGACACGGAAUCGGUCGCUAUAGUCGUUGAAGAUGUUGAUUGUGUGUUGUGGUUACUUGGCCCUCCGCCAUGCUGUACCGUGCAAACUGUGGUUGGGAAGGGUGGAGUCAAGGAAGGAGAGCAACCUCGAGAAAUUUAAUGUGUUCAUUGCAUUAUGAUUAUUGAAGGGAGGAUGUAGAUCCAGAUUUUUGUCUUUAUUUUAAUUAUUAUAUUCUAAAUUCUAUGCUUUAUGUGCACCGUAAAUAACAUUAUGAGGAUUGAAAUGGGCUAAUUGAUUCUCUAUGGAAGUUUAACUAUUUAAUUAAAUGGAGCAACAAAGCAGAAUGGACAAGGAUGUCCAUGUUCUCAGUGAUGCUAAUAUGGUUCACCAAAGAAACUGUACAAAUUCUACUAUAAAUAGCAAUCACAUCUGCAUGUAACUAAAACAAGAAGGAGUAUACACACACAUUUACAAACAAAUCAUCAAAGAAGAUGGAGGACUAUAAUGCUGGCUACGAUGGAACAGAUAUUAUGGCCUCUCUGAACUCUGACCCUUUCGGUUUGGGCAACAGCUCUUCCAGUGAUAAGUUUGCUGCCUUUGAUGCAUUUGUGAACAAAAUAGUGGAUGAGGAAUCUCAGCUCCCUGACCCUGGCAACAUGGACAUGGCUGAAACUUUUAGCUCAGAUCAUGGCAGCAGACUAAAUUCUCACCUAUCAAGACCCUCUGGAGCACGCCUUUCAUCCCUUUCCCCACUACCUAGCAGUGUUGGACUCUUGCACCCUCAUGCAACAUCUAAUCAUACCUCUUAUCCUGCCUCUUGUCCCAGUUCACCAUUUGGAUUUAACUCACUUAACAGCCCCUCUUCUUACAAGCAUCACAAUGAUCCUAGGGUUGAUGCAGUGCAGUCUCCUCCUCAGCUCUGGGACAACAACGGUAACAGGCACCUGAACAAUAACAGCAUCAUGAACAGCACCCAGUAUACCAACAACAACAACAACAUCAACUACAAGCAGCAGGGAAAUGUCAUACCCAACCUCGACGACAGUGCCACGUUCAAAGAAGGCUUCAUCCUUGAUGCCCAAACUGUGGGGAUGCUAGAUGUCCCAAACUUGGUUGUGUCCGAAGACUUUCUGCAAAAGUGUAUAGAGGAAAUCCAACUGCAGAAUGACAAUAAAUUUAUUUUUGGAGCCGAGGAUGAGCCCUGUUUAGAAGUGAACAAAUACAACCUUCGCUCACCAAGUCCCAACGGCUUAAGUUAUAACAAUAUCAACAACAACGCAGGUAACUUUCCAGGAGGUAGUGUCUCUAUGGUAACAAAUUAUCCUCAUGGCGCAGGCAGCAGGCAGUCUACACUGAUGGCAGCUCCUAAUGUAGACUUCUCUCUAGAUAAUUUCCAACAACGACAAGCCACUGCACAUUGGUCACAAUCCCAUUCACAACAAAUCAAUCAUCUUAGCCCAUAUACUUCCAGUAACAAAACCGCCUCUAACCUAGAUGUACCCAGUUUAGACAGAUCCUUUUUCGGAUGUCAAGGUCUCACGAGGUCAGAGUUCUCAAGAAGCAUGGAAUGUAUCAGUGGCCAGUUUUCUAAGCCUGAAAUUUCUAGUGUAUCCUCAACCAUGUCGCCUCCUUUGAGGCGCAAAAGCCAUGUGGGAAGUGGUGCUGAAUUUGGUGAACGGAAGUAUUUGUCACCACCUAACAGCCACCGUCAACCUAAAUUAGGUCUUAACAUGGAGCAAGAUACUAGCUAUCAUGGUCUGUUGUCAUCCACAGCCAGCCCUUCAAGUCACAACCUGUCAACCCCAAUAGGAAGCAGACAGCAUCCAAUUUCAUUUUCAACAGUGGAUAGCCUAAAUCAACAUUUGAUGUCCCCCAUACCACCCAGGAUACCUCUUCCUCAAGAGGUCAAGAUGACCUCCAACCAGAUUUCGUCUUUCAAUAUGGAAGAUUCACAGAUUUCAGAGUCACAGUAUUCAGUCAUUCCUAACAGUGGAUAUCACCAAAACUACAUGUCCUCAAAUUUCAAGCACCCUCUGGAUGAUGGGUCGAAGUUCACAUUCAACCCAGAUUAUCUUGCAUCCCCAUCAUCUCUGUCUUCAAUAUCAUCAUCGCCAACAUCCUCCUACUUAGGCAAAACAACGUCUCCUUUAAAUAUAGCUUCACCUCCCCAGUCCUCAAUGUACCUACAGCCCAUACAUAUCAACACUGGCCCAGCAACACCAGCAACAACGUCUAACUAUCAAAACAGUUCCUUGACCUGGACGGAUUCACUUUCUCCUUGUGUGUUCUCUGGAGGCAACAGUGUCAACAACAACAACAAUAAAAGUAAUUGUUUAGAUAGGAACCAUUCUUUCAACCCCUACUGCGUCACGCCCACCCUGGAUAUCUGUUCCAUGGAGGCUGAUGCAGCUUGCAAACAGAACGUUAGCACUAAUAUGCCCAAAAGUCUUAACACUGGAUUGAUGGAAACUAAUAACAAUGACAGAUGUUUCAAAGCGAGUACUGGCAUGGAGACAAGGAUUUCUUCUUCUUGUAGCAGUGUCACAUCACCUGCAGCUAGCCCAAUGUCUUACACCUCUGUGAAUAGAGUAAAUCAGGCCCAAGUGGACCAGAGCACUCUUGCAGCCACUGUCCUCAAGGAGCGUCUCUCCAGCAAUCACCAGCUGCAGCAGCAACACCAACAGAAGCUGCAGCAAAUUCAACAACAGCAGAUAACCAACCAUCUGCAGCAGCAGUUAAGACUGCAACAGCAGCAACACCACCACAAACAGGCUGGCGUGAGAAAGCCUUAUAUAGCAGCUGAGCAGAUUUUGCAUCUUGGUAAUGGAGUUCAAAUGACCAAUGUGCUUGGGCCUGGUGCUAUCCCCUUCAACCAAGCUAUCAAUCCUUAUGCAUUUAUAAACCCAGCCCAGCCUGUGUAUUCAAACAUUGCUGGUUUGAACCGCUUUGGUGCUGCUAAUAUUGGACUUGGAGGUCUUGGUCAGACUAGGACAAUGGCAACACAUUACAACACAGGAGCUCACAUCAAUGCAGCUAGAAAUAUUAAUCACAUGUCCCAGUUUGGUACAGAAGCCAUUUCUGAUCCUUCUAAGUCAGCUUCUGACAAGCAGAGAUUGUUAGAAGAAAUAUUGUUGCGUGAUCCGAGGGCCCAAGCUGCCUACCAACAAAUUCUUCACCAAACUUUAUUGCAGAAUCCAACAGGUUAUCAAGCUGCCUUGUUGAAUAAUGCUCAUAGCAGCCUUCCCUUUCAAAACACUGUGCAUCCUUCUGCUGCAGCACUACUCAUGAAUGCUGCUGUUCACUUUGCUGGUCUAAGACGAGAUGGAGUAGAGUUCAUUCCCCUAGAUCCCAUGACUCACUUGUCUUCACCCUACAUGGGAGAUGUGUUGUACGACCCAGCAACAUUUCCUCUUCUUGGUGUUCACCCAUUUGUCCCAAACUUGAGACAUUUCAGAAGUGGACCAUCUAAUGAACUACACACUAAACUUGAAGAAUGUUAUGAACAGUUCAAGGCUGUGGAAAAAGAAAGAAAAAAGACUGAAGCUGAGUUGGCCAGACAGAAUCCAGGAAAGAAAGUAUCUAGUACUAACACUAUCCCUAUUCCAAGGUUACCCAACAGUCCAUCCCGUGUAGACAGGUUGAUUGUGGAUUCAUUUAGAGAACAUGCAAGGAUAAUAACGUUGAUAGAAAAAAUGGAGAAGUUGAGAAGUUUUAGUGUUCACCCCAAUGUCCACUCCACAAUGUCUGCCUGGUUAGAGAGCAUCAAGAAAGUACAAGCCAGCAGGAAGGAUGAAAUAGUCAACUCUGCCAACCGUCAGAGAGCUGGAGUACCCAGACAGCCAGAUGAUAAAGAUGUAACUGCCCUGGCUGCCAGUAUAGCUGAUUUGUCUGUCCACACUCGCUUGGCACGGACUGCUCAAUGGGCUGCUCUGCAAAUGUCUGACAAGGGAAAUCCUAAACUCCCAGAGGGUACAGAGUCAGACUUUGAGGAACCGGUCGAUUUAAGUCCUUACAUGAAGUCUUCUUCCUUGACCAAUCUAUUAGCUGAUGUCUCUGUCAACCAGGAGCCUGUAGUCAAGGAGGAGUUUACUGAAGGAGACAAAAGCUGUGAAAGUGCAGAGCUGUUGGAAGAUUCAAGUCAAGGAGAAGUAAAGUCAUCAGAGAGUAAUGAAGAAAGUACAAAUGUACUUAAUGAGGAUGUCCUACCAGUAGUUAAGGAGUAAAAACUCUUAUAUGUUUACCCUGACAUUUAGUUUUUUACCACAAGAAACAAUAGUUUAAAGUCAUUAGAUAGUUCUUAGUACAAGACUUAUAAGUUGCCUGUCUGUACUAUGUUGUUUACUGUAGUGGCAAGCUUUUUGAUAAUAUUAACACCACAUUUCUAUUAAGGGCCAACUAGCUUAGAGUGUAUCUUCACUCAGUAAGAUCAACCCUGUACUUAUCUAAAGUUUCAUGUAGUCUUGUAGUAGUUUCAUUAAACAUGGACCUAAAGGUCACUGCUAGCUUAUAAGUCUGUACUGUUACCAAAUACAUUGUUGAUAUAAAUUGUGUUGAUUUUUUUACUCUUGAAAUCUGUCUCAGAUAAGAGUUAUGUUUGAAACCAAACAAAUAUUUAAAAAAGAAUACAUUGAUAUAUUAUUACUUGAAAUUAUUCAAAAGUAUUAUUGUAAAAAAAAAAAUAUUUUCAUUGAAAUAAAUAUAUUACCAGCUGGAACUGUUAAUGAAAUUAAAAUUGUGAUAUUUUUUUUUUAUUUAUUUAUUUGUGCCCCAGCCCCCUUUUUGUUUGUAGACAUUCCAGUGUUGUAUGACUUGUAUAUUUACUGGUAGUUCCAACAGCUGUUUGUGAUAGUGUACAGCUCUUGCUUUUACCACAUGACAUAACACAUACAUAUGCUGUAGUCUUAUGGUCCUGAUAGAUGGUUGAAUAUAUAUAUAUAUAUGUAUAGCAUACAUUCUAUUUACAUUCAGAUCUGUGCCCUAUUUAUAAAAUGAUAUUAUAACAACACAAUGGCAAUUCAGCAGAACUGAACUGUUAGCCAACAAUCAAUGAUAUAUUUGUUUUCAUUUCAUGUAGGAUUAUAAUGAAUAGAUGAGUUUCAACUAUGGAAACAAACAUUGACAUUGAGUCCAGUGUUUAUUUGUGAACAGAGAAGUAAUGAUCUCUUUUUUUUUUUUUUGACUAUUUUGUGAACAUCUAGUUUCAGGUUGUUCUUAUUGAUCUGAUUAAAUUAUAUAACUAUAUAUUUUAUAAAUAGACAUUGCUGUGGAGUAGCUAGCACUAUAUAUUCUUAGAUUUAGUUGAGAACAGUCAUUCUAGUGAUUCUAGGCAAGUACAUGCUUGCAGAUUUGAGAUAUUCUAGUUUGUGAACACAAUUACUUCUUGUUGUUUUUUUUUUUAUUAUAUUCAGUAGAUGGUUUGUAAUUAGAUAAUUUGUUGAGGGACUACAUUGGAGUGGAAUGAGCUUUCACUAAUUGGUGAUAUUGUUAUAUUUGUUUAUUUUUUUUCCUUUUAAUAUUUUUAAUUGAUUUCUAUUUGUUGUAGAUCUGUUCAAAUUUUUAAAAUUGUAUUUGUGGGCCUAUUUAUAAAUCACCCAUUGUAGACUAUUUUAGAAUUGUAGACUUUUAUUGUGUUCACCCAUUGUAGACUAUUUUAGACUUGUAGACUUUUAUGUGUGUUUGAAGUUUAGUUUCCACUGUGUGCUUAGCUUACUUAGAUUUGAAUGUUUUCUUUUGAUUUGGACCUAAUACUAUUGCUUUUUUUGUUAGUAGUAUUGCUCAUCUAUUUGAUGACUAUCUUUACAAUUUAGCCAUGCGGUUUCUCCCUAUGUGGUAACCAUUGUUUUGAUUUGAUUUUCGAUAUCACAAUAACUUCUAUGAGCACACUGUAUGCUUUUUGUUUGGUUGUUUCUUGUAGCAUUGAUUGAGCAUAUGUUUUUACUUUCACAAACACUUCAAUGUAUUUUGUUGUUGUUCAUGGUAUUUCUAAUGAAGGAGUAUUCCUUACACAGGGUAAUUUCAUUGUACUCCAGGCUCUAGAGAUGUUACGUUUCUUGAAAGUGAUCUUUGUCAUUUGAGUUACUAGAUCAUCUAGCUUUAAAUAUAUGACAUUGCAUUCUUUGUUGACUUUUUCAUAGUCCUUUUUGUUUAUUUUGUUUGUAUGACUAGAGUAAUUACGAGAGUAGAAACUGAUGACUUGUAAGAACUUAGUAUAAACUGUAGUCUAUACAGUUUAUAGAUAGAUUUUUUUUUGUAAUGCAAUCUGUGAUGACUAGAAGUGUUUUUGCAAAUAUAGUCAAAUCCGGUUAAUCGGAUUAGCCCCUUAUUAGGACUGAAUCCUAUUGGACAGUUUGCUCCAGUUAAUCAGACCAGCCAGCUAUUAGGAACAAAACAGUCAUGUCCAGAUAUGAUGUGAUUAACUGGAUUCCUUUGGUAUGUGAUGCAGCUCUUCUUAGACAUCUUUUAGUGUGUAUUGUAUACUGUUUGUCUGGCUUACAUUUCUAACUUGAUGUGCAACUUGCAGUCCUUGAUUCGUGCCAUCAGACAGCAUGACUACACUUACUACACUGGUGUUAGGUUAGGACUGGAUUGUAGUCAGCCUCACCUAUUUCCCAGUUUGCUAUUAGUUUGUCCUUUAAAAAAACAAAACAAAUUGGAACAAUUUUGUUUUACUGACUUUUGUUUUAAUGCAGUUUGUUAAUUUUGUGUACAGUUGAUGAAUCUGCUAGGUUUGAAUUCAACCUGAAACUAUUCAUGCUAGUACUAACACAACAACUUAGUAAAAGACUUGGGUACACUGUUUUUCAGUAGCACUUUAGUUUAAAAACUAUUUACAUUUGUUUACUGUUAAAUACAGAUUAUAUUACCAUUAAAUACAGAUGGCUGCCUAGUAAGGUGGUAUGCUAUUGUCUUGAUGGUCCUGGAUUCAAACCCUGCCAUCCAGUGGUAGGUAUGAGCUGGGAUAUAAUUAUGAUGAAUUUUGAAGGAACAUUUGAAAAAUGUACUGACAUUAGUUUGUUUCAAAUUGUAGACUAAUCAUAAAAUAUAUCUUUGGAUUGAAUGUUUAGUUACUAUUCAACUCAGUUUUGGUUUUAGAAUAACUAAUAAGAUUUAUCUGAAUGUCUAGUACUCUAGAACUUGUCAAACUUGUAUUUUGUAUACUACUAGAAAUGUGUUCUAAGAAUGAAAUACAUUCUGUGAAUGUUUGACUAAGAUGAACCUAAGUGUUAGUUUUAUUGGUGUACACUGAUCAAUAGAACCAAAUGUACAGCCACUUAUCACUCUCAGUCUUGACAAAGAUCUCUUAUUUCUAUGACUCUGCCGUCCCAUUCUUUUUGUUUUCAACACAUAAUAUAGUUCAACAUCAUACACAAUGUCUAGUUUUUAACAAAGUGACUGUUAACAAAAGUCUCACACAACUAUUUCAUUGUUUUAAAACUUUUUUUGUGUGUAUUUCAGAAAUCUAGUGUACUGUGAGAAUUUAGAUAUGUUUUUAUUGAAUGAUAGUUUAGUGAAAAAAGGGGAUAAAUUACAUAUAAGUUAUUUGCUUUUUUCUGUGUAGUGAGAAGUUAGUGAGUGGAAAGACUAUUUCUCCAGCCAGAAGAAUUGUCCCAUUUGUCUGUGUGUGUGUGUGUACAUAACCAGCUCAAAUUGUUGUUGGCCAUGCCUGCUAAUUCACACAUGUUGUCUUUCUGCACACCUGUGUUCUCUGCUCUGUGGGUAAGCAAUGUAUAUAGACUUACAAUUCAGAAUCUUUUCACACAUAUUCUUUGCUCUGUACCUUAUAGUAGACUUUUUUUUAUGCUAUUGGUUUUUUCUAGGAUUGCUGCUUCCCCCCACCCCCCAUUUUCACCACUUCUUUAUAGGUUUCAUGUUAUUAAAAUCAUUAUUCAAAUUAUGUGGAAAGUUGAUCUAGUAUAACUAACCACUUUGACUAGGAAGUUGUCAAAGAACUGAAGCAAUGAAAACAACUGGAUUUAAUUGCAUAUCUUUUGACUUGAUAGGGGGAUCAUUGGUCAACAUCUAGAGGGAGAUUAUUUCAAUACUUCUGUUUGACAAGGAAAGUUAUUCAAUAAACCUUCUGCUAUUCUCAACAUUUCUAUGGUAUGAGACAAAAUGAAGUGACGUGACAUAUUCUAAUCAUUAUUUCUCUUUCAUCAAAGAUUUGUAUGCUAUCAUCAUUUUUACUCUCAUUGUAAACCUAGUCAGUGGUAGAAUUAUGAAAUGAAUUCAAAAGCACAAAGAGAAAAAUUGUGUCUGUAUUUUGCUCUGCUGCUCUAGUUGCUGUCCUAUUGGCUUUAGUCUCUGAACAGAGUCUUUUGUUUGUUUUGCUUGACUCUUAGCCUGAUUAGUUUGGCAUUGUUGUAAUUCAAUGGUUUGGUGCUAUCUACCUGUUGUCUUAGUGUAAUACAACUUAUUAGGCUUCAGCUCUCUGUCAAAUGUUUUAGGGUGACCAUGUUGGAAGGAUUAGUUGAUGGUAGUGUCAAGUCAGUAUGAUCUCAUUUACAUAUACAGAGACUUAGAGAGAUGUUUAAAAAUUGUUUGAAAACAUUUGAAGCUUUUAUUUUAACUACUAUUGAAGUGAACAACUUCUGAAGUAAUUUUUUUUUUUUUAACUGUAGGAAAUAACUGGGUUACAUUAAAUUUGUAUUUCUUCAUCAGUUAUAACUUCACAGUUUAACGUUUGCAAAUAUUUUGAAAUGACAUUAAAGUCUGUCACUCUAAAAGACUUGAGUUAUCUAAGGUUUUGUUUCUACUGUUGUUUUUCCCGAGUUCUUUAUUAUUUGAUCUUAAGAUUGCAUGGGUCAAAAAGAAGCUGAUAAUUUAAAUAAUUAAGUUUUAGGCUGUACCAAAUAUUGAACUUUCUUUAUUAUAUAAGCAAAAGUAUUUUGUAAAUAAUGCUCUUAGGAAUACUUUGAAACUGUUUUAGCAAAGGUAGCAAUUGAAGUUAAGAAUGAUAGAGUUUGAGGAUGAUCUGCUCUGCUCAGCAUUUAAAUAGGUUAGAUUAGUUCAUGGAUGUAGUUUACCAUUUUGUCUUUUGUGAUGUUUGACAAUGCCUCAAAACAAGGUCUUGAAACACUCAAUGCAAAACAAUGGAAAUGAAAUGUGAACUAUCACACCAACAUUUGUUUUUUGAUUCUCUUGAUACUACUGUUAGAAAAAGGCACACGUUUUAUAGAAACUUGAAGAUGAUAUAUAUAUGGCUAAUUAGUGACCUUAGUGAUAUCAUUGCUGAGAAAUAGACGGCUUUGACUCUUAGCCAAAUGUUUUUGUUUCAAGUAUUCAAAUUUUCAUAUUCUAUCUAGUUAACUGUAUCCAAUUUGAACACAAGCUAAUUUAAAACAGUUUUUGAAAAGUUGUGUGUAAACUGUGAUUUUUUAAAAAGUUUGGAAAGUCCAAUGAGCAUUGAUUGAAAUAACUUUGUUUUGGCUAGAAGUUCCUGUUGAUCACUUUUUGGGGGUAAAUAUUACCAGUUUUAAUGUUUGCAGUACUUGUAUCUAAUCCAUUGACCAAAAAGUGAUCAAGUCACUUUAACACUAAGGUCUACUUAUGCUUCAGUAAAAAAAAAAAAGAUUCUAUUUAUAUGUACAUAUCACUAUUCAUAUAAUAUUUAUAUAUAUAUAUGUAUUUGUAUAUUUUUUAAAAAAUACUAUUUUACUCUAUCAAAAUGGCUAAUAAUGUCAGUGAAGUAAAGACAUCUUAACAAUGAAGGGCGCAGGACACUUCAUGACAUGUGAUUGUGUAGUCCAAGUCUUCCUCUUUCUCUCUCUCUUUCUUUCCUUUGGCUAUUACAAAUGUUAAGCUCAACGUAAAACAUUGACCUUAAAUGUUAGAAACUUCUAGCUUAAAAAUUGUCAUGUUAGCAAGUAGAUAGUUUUAGCUUGAAAUAUAGAUUAAAAAAGUAGAUAGUUUUAGCUUGAAAUAUAGAUUAAAAUCUAGAAACUUAUGGGUUACUACAAAAAAGUGAUUUAUUUGGUUUUCAUGUGAAACAAAUAUUUUUUUCCCAUGUUUGUUAAUGCUUAGAAUCAGUGCAAAACCUGGCAUAGACUUAAUUGCCUCUUCCCCUGUUGCUUUCUUCUUGUUCUAUUUUAUAAUUAGCAUAGUGUGGUCCUUGGGAUUUGACAACCAUGUGCAGGUGUAGAGCAUAAAACAUUCCUAGAUCUACCCUGAGAUCAAAUGAAAACAAGUAGACUUUGGUUGUUCAGUUCAAGUACGGUAAGCUCAAAGUGCUAUCCAUGCAAGCUAAUUUAUCCUGAAACAGUUUGAUGCAGGAUCACAAAGGAAAACAUAAGUAACACACUCUAUGAUUCAGUAUUAUGGUGAGGUUUUAGUCUCAAGGAAGUGAAGGCAUAGAAAACAUAGAAAAAACUUCAUCAUUUAAAGAAAAUAUUCAUGAAUAUGUUGAAUUAGUUUAUUUUUUUGUGUGUGUUAGUGUUAAACAUAGAAAAACUUCAAUCUUUUAAGAAAAAUAUUCAAUGAUUGAUUAAAUUAGUAAUUAUUCCAACUAAAGGUUACACAUUAAUACACUUUUAGGUACAAAAGUAAUGAUCUGUUGUUGUUGUUUUUUUUUAAUGUGAGGGGGAGUCUCUUUGUACAUUUCAUUUAUGCAACAGUAAAAUAUAUAAAUAUAUGGACUGAGUCUAAAGAUGACAAUAAUUGAGGGUGGCCUUGUAACCAUAUUGCAAUAUGACUAGUUUCUAUUUAUUUGACACUGUUGCUUGAGUUUGUAAGUUGAUGAGUGCUUGAAGCUAUUACAUUUUGUCUCAACAUCAUUAGAGAAAAAGAUUUGUACCAAAUGCUUUUAAAUUUUUUUUCUAUGCAAUGAAAAUGUUUAGACUGCACCUCCUAAUUAUUUGAGAUAUUUGUAAAAGAUGAAUCAAGUGUGUAGGUCUUACUAAAAGUCAUGCAUUAUCAUUGAAGCAGGCUGCUGUCUUAAUGACUUACUAAUUUGGGUUUUAAAAAAAAACACUGAUAUUUAGUACUCUGAAAUCGGUAAAAAUGAAAAUGGCUUCAUUUAGUAAUCUUUCUUCAUUGAUUUGUUUAUUGUUUUGUUAUAGUAAAAUUCUGAUGAUAUGUAAUCAUUUCCGUCAGGAAUAUACUUUUUACAAAUGUCUUUAUAGACUUGUGAGCAGGUAGUGCAGUUACUUGAUCUAAUUUUAUCAAGAUUCUUCCCACCACCUAUUUCCAUGCAAAUCUCCCAAGUUUAUUUUUUUUUUUAUGUUUACACCAAGUGCUGAUGUGAUUCUUUUGGCCUCUUGUGUUGUCUUGUAUCAUUUUGUGCACAGAUUAGUGUUCCUUCACCCCUACUGGUGAGAAUGAAUGGCAUAGUUGGAUUCAUUCAGCUGGGAACUUAAGUUGUUUUUUUUUAUAUUUUAUUUCAUUCUAGUUCAGUGUUUUUGUUCAUUGAUGAAUAAUGCUUUGUUUCACUCUCCAUGUAGCUGCACAUACUUGGUUGUUGUUUUUAAAUCCUAUGUAUUAUUACUGUGCCAUUAGUUAACAUCAAGAUGAUCUUUGGGUGUGUAAGAUGCUUUGAGUUCUUGUUUAGUUGAUGUGACUGUUGAUUUAAAAACAAAUGAUUCCUUGUAGAUUAAGCUCCUUAUAUUUUAGGAUGCUUCAAGAACAUAUAGUCUAUGUUGAUACCAGUACUUGUGUAUGUGGGCAUGAGGCCAUUGAGAUUAUUUGUAUUUGGCUUGAGUUUAUUACAGACUUGAUCUUCUAGCUUUAAAAUUUGUGACAGUAGCAAAUGCUUUUUCCUUUAUAUGCUAGUGUAACCAGCACUACUGAAACUAGUAACAGAGUUCUAGUGACCCUCACUAGUUUCCUUUUAUUGUGAGCUUCUUAUGAGAACAUCAGUUUGUUUAUAAAUCCAGACCAAGUUGUCUUCUCUUUGCCACUUUGGCAGCAGUUUCAUUGAACUGAAAUAGUAGCAUGGUAUAUUUAUGAAACUAGUUGUCUACAAUAUGCUUUCAAUAUUGUCUAUGAUAUACACCUUUUUCUAUGCUGUCACUUUGCUUUGUUACAAUGUUCCUUAAAAUAGGAUGCAUGUGUAGCACAUAUGUAGUUCUGUAGUUGUACAGUGGCUUGGAAAAGAAAUGAGGUCUUACAUAUAACGGUCAGUUUGAAUUAGAUUUGAGGGGAUUGUAUUGUUUCAUGAGAAAGUCAGCCAGACGUCAACAGUAGUUACUUUUGGUGAUUCUAUAAAUGUGUUUGUUAGCUUCUCAAGAAUGACAUCUAUGUUUAUAGUUUUGUUUGCAUCUAACCCUUUUCAACUCUUUGAUCUUGCCCCAGUUUUAUAAAAAAAAACAGUUCUAGGUGCCAUUAAUUGACUUCCUAUUGUCAUGGGCUUGAAACUUGAAGGAAAAUGUUAAUAGUUGGUGAAUAGAUGCCUUUGUCCAGUCCAACAUUGUUCAAGUGUAUAAUCCCUGAACUAGCUUUAGUUAUGGUUGUAAAUAUUGGAAAAUGUCUGCUGCAUGUAUUGCAUGUCUCUCUUUGAGCCUGAAGACCACAGGGAGAGGUUUGGACAGCCAGUCUUGCCCAUCGCCAUGAUUUGUUCUUGUCUUGGAAAGUAGAAACACUAGAUGCAUCUAUUGUUCUAAGGCCACAAUGGACAUGGAGCUCACCCCCAGGCCUUAUUCAAUCAUUUGAUGGUAUUGUAGAAUUGUCAGCGUAUCUUUACAGUAAGAACUAUUGAGGUUGUGGGACAAAGAGAGAAAUGUUUUGUGUACUAAAUGUGCUGUCUUGUUUCCAGUCACACAAUGUCUGUGAUAAAUGACAAUAUCAAAAGUGAUAACCUCCACUGUGUUAUAAGAGGGGAAGAUGUCCAUGACUUCUACUUCCUUAUAGUGUUCAUUUGUUUUAGCUUUCAUUGAUGGUCAGUAGAUGGUGUUCUUUUCUAUUGCAAUUUUAUUUGGGUUUUUUCUGAAAUGUAUUCUUUUACAGUAAGAAGGUAUUUCUCAGUGUAUUGACCGGUCAUUCCAUGGUGUAGCCAAUGAUUAGCAGAGUGUCAAUUGAUAGGUCUAGCCACCAUUUUAGCUAUACCUAAAAAAAAAAAAAUGUCUGUGCCCCUGUUUCUGGCUAAGUUCAAUAUUUGACAACUCCAUCAAGUGUUUGUGUUUGUUCUAACUCUGACUAGACUUGUGUUGUCAAGUGUAGCAUCACUAGAAAUGUCCAACCUAAUUGUUGUACUUUUGAUCUCCAUUGUGUCUUGUCAACAUGUCAUUGUUGCCCUUCUAUAAUUCAAACUAUUUUCUUAUGAUGGAAAUAUACAAUUUAUAUAUAUACCUAAAUGUAAUCAUUUGAAAAAAAUAUUUUUAACUAGAUUUGAUCAAUUCUAUGUCCCAGUGUAUUUUGUUAGAAUGUGUUUUUCUUAACCAAGAUUUCUUGAGUUUAAUUUUUUGCAUUCUUUUGAGGAAAAUCUUAAUCUAACAUUUAAAAUUUAUUUGCCUUUUGAAAUAAAAACAAAAAAAAAAAGCAUGUUUCAAAGAAAUGGACGAUAUUAUUUUAUGGAAUAACACAUUAACAAAAAGUGUUCUAAAGUCCACUAUACAUAAUUUUUAGAAUCUUGGCCACUCUAGUAGAAACAUCAUAGGACACACAUAUAGUAGCCAUACUGGUAAGUAUUGUACUGUAAAUGGCCCUGUCCUAUAGAAGUCUAGAUUGGGCAAGUGAAAACUUUGUGUAGUAGCUGCUUCAUGUGAUUGUAUGGACAAAUUGUGACUUCAUUAGCAACAAAUGUAGUUGUUUGUUAAUUUUUUUUCUCUUGUCCAAGUAGAUGACUUGAUUUUUUCUGUAGCCUGUAGAAACCCUGAUUUCCUUUCCUUGUCGUUGUGAACAAAGAACUGAAUAGAGUUUGUCUCUGGUCUUGUCAUAUAUUUUUUUUUUGUAUUGGUGGAUACAAUCACGAAAUAAAAUAAUGAAUGAACUCCA